CAGCAGAAGAAGAAGUGGAUAGAAGCUCGGACGAGAGGCCAUCUCUGGUUCUGCAGAGGCAAAGAGAUAACUAAGAAGACCAAUUCUCUCUUCUCCUCACUCUCCUCUGCUCGGCUGAGCUUCUCCUUCUUCCUCAGCUUCAGCUUCAAGAGCCUAUCUUUUUCAAUGGCAAUGUCGGCCGCUGCCACCGCCUCUGCUUCCUCGAAGCUCAUCUACCCAUACGCGCCGUCGUCAUCCUCGUCCUCCUCCUCCUCGGCAGCUCCCCGCUCCCUCCCCUCCACUUCACUCCGAGCGAAGCUAGCCCCUCCCCCCCAGCUCUCGUCCUCCUUCAUCACCCCCUUCACUGCCCCCUCCUCUUCCGGCAGUUCUGCGGCGGCCACUGCCUCCCGCUGCCGCCGGGCCCUCACCGUGAGGGCUGCCCGCGGGAAGUUCGAGCGCAAGAAGCCCCACGUGAACAUCGGCACCAUCGGCCACGUCGACCAUGGGAAGACCACCCUCACUGCCGCCCUCACCAUGGCCUUGGCCUCCAUGGGCAACAGCGCCCCCAAGAAGUACGAUGAAAUCGACGCCGCCCCAGAGGAGCGCGCUCGAGGUAUCACCAUCAACACUGCUACUGUCGAGUACGAGACCGAGAACCGGCACUACGCACACGUGGACUGCCCAGGCCACGCAGAUUACGUGAAAAACAUGAUCACUGGUGCUGCCCAGAUGGACGGUGCAAUCCUCGUGGUCUCAGGUGCGGACGGGCCCAUGCCCCAGACUAAGGAGCACAUCCUCUUGGCCAAACAAGUUGGUGUCCCCAACAUGGUGGUCUUCCUCAAUAAACAAGACCAGGUGGACGAUGAGGAGCUUCUCCAGCUCGUAGAAUUGGAAGUCAGGGAGCUGCUUUCCUCCUAUGAGUUCCCUGGGGAUGAUGUUCCGAUCAUCUCAGGUUCUGCUCUCUUAGCCUUGGAGGCUCUGAUGGCAAAUCCUAGCAUUCAGCGUGGGGAGAACCAGUGGGUCGAUAAGAUCUAUGAACUCAUGGAUGCUGUGGACAGUUACAUCCCAAUCCCACAGAGGCAGACCGACCUCCCAUUCUUGCUCGCAAUCGAAGAUGUAUUCUCAAUCACGGGUCGUGGGACCGUGGCCACUGGACGAGUUGAGAGGGGCACCAUCAAGGUUGGGGACACGGUGGACAUUGUUGGCCUGAAGGACACGAGGAACACCACAGUCACAGGGGUCGAGAUGUUCCAGAAGAUUCUUGACGAUGCGAUGGCAGGGGACAAUGUGGGACUCUUGCUCCGUGGUAUCCAAAAGGCUGAUAUUCAGAGAGGGAUGGUCUUGGCAAAGCCUGGUACAAUCACUCCUCAUACUAAGUUUGUUGCCAUCGUUUAUGUGUUGAAGAAGGAAGAGGGAGGGAGGCACUCCCCAUUCUUUGCUGGGUACCGACCCCAGUUCUACAUGAGGACGACUGAUGUGACGGGAAGGGUGGCUUCAAUCAUGAAUGAUAAGGAUGAGGAGUCGAAGAUGGUAAUGCCUGGAGAUCGGGUUAAGAUGGUGGUCGAGCUUAUCAUGCCGGUGGCUUGUGAGCAGGGUAUGAGGUUUGCUAUCAGAGAAGGUGGGAAGACGGUCGGAGCCGGAGUUAUUCAGUCCAUCAUUGAGUGACCUCCAUUCAGCAUUUUGGAUGCAAUCAGCUUUACUCAUCCUUACAAACUUAUGAGAUGUCAAAAUAUUUUGGAGUUCAAUUCAUCUUUUUUGCCUUGAAGGAUGAUUAGCCUAAUUUUUAACUUUUUUAACUUCCUCCUUUGACAUCUUCACCAUUUUCGAGCAAGUCGGUUUCAUACCCUGGACUCAUCAUUGAAAGUUUCAAUGUGCAAGAUGGAAUGACAUGGUAUUUUCCAUUGACAAUACCGUGUAACCGAGGAAGAUUAUAUAUUCCGAUUAAUGUC